CACAUGUUGUAUCGAUGUGGGGGAAUGCCCCUCAGGUUUCAUUUUCAUACUUAAAGUUAUUCUAACAACAUAAAAUCAACCGUGUGGAUUUGUCCCUUUCAAUUAAAUAUAGCGAUGAUGGAUUGUGUGCCUCGUUGUGGGGGAAUUACAGUCCUCAUCCUCUUUUGUUACUACAUAUUAGUCUCUGCUACUUGGUACCCCAAAAGCCUUCCAUGUGAAGUCAGCCAGAAACCAAACAGGAGCACAGUCAUUGUGGAUUGCACAAAGCGGGGCUUAAAAGAUGUUCCAAGAAAUAUUCCAAGGAACACAACCAACCUUACUCUGACGAUCAAUCACAUCUCGCACAUCCAGGAGAGCACGUUCCAGGGCUUGGAGAACCUCACGGAGAUCGACAUGCGCUGCAACUGUGUCCCUGUAAAAGUGGGCCCCAAGGACCAUGUGUGUUCCCAGAGUGUGACCAUCAAGAAUGGGAGCUUUUGGCAUUUGAAGAAUCUGAAGUCACUCUAUUUGGAUGGGAACCAGCUCUCUAGUAUACCCACAGGCCUUCCUCCCAGUCUGACUCUGCUUAGUCUCGAAGUAAACAGCAUCUACUCUAUUUUCAAGGAGAACCUUUCAGAAUUGACCAACAUAGAAGUUCUCUAUUUUGGCCAGAAUUGUUACUAUCGUAACCCUUGUAACACCUCAUACUAUAUUGAUGAGGAUGCUUUCAUCCAACUAAGGAAUUUGACUUUGCUGUCUCUUAAAUCCAAUAAUCUGUCUCAUAUCCCACACAAAUUACCUUCAAGUCUAAAAGAGUUGUAUCUUUAUAAUAAUAAUAUAAAAAGUGUAACUGGGGAGGAUUUUCAAAAUCUCAUCAAACUGGAGGUCCUUGAUCUAAGUGGGAACUGCCCUCGUUGUUAUAAUGCACCUUUCCCUUGUGUUCCGUGUCCUGAUUACGCUCCUCUCAGCAUUGAUGAAAAUGCCUUUCGAAGUUUAAAGAAAUUGAAGAUACUGCGUCUUCACAGUAAUUCUUUGCGAUCUGUGCUGCCACACUGGUUUCAAGGCAUAGAGAGCCUUCAAGAAUUGGAUUUAUCAAGCAAUUUUUUGGCAAAGCAUAUAACAGAUGCCACCUUUCCUUCAUAUUUGCCAAAGCUUGAAGAGUUGGAUCUUUCCUUUAACUUUGAGCUGCAGAAAUAUCCAAAUUUUCUUAUCCUCAGCCAAUCAUUUUCAAAUUUAACAUCACUCAGAACACUCAGGAUCAGAGGCUUUGUUUUCCAGGAGCUGAGAAGAGAAGAUAUCUAUCCAUUAAUCCAUCUCAAAAAUCUUGAAAUCAUUGACCUUGGAACCAACUUCAUUAAAAUCGCCAACCUCAGCAUUUUAAAAGAACUAAAACGUUUUAAAAUAAUUAACCUCUCUGACAACAAAAUAUCCACCCCAUCUUCACCCUCUGAAGGAGCUAUCUUUUCCUCCUCAGGAGCAGUGUCUUUAUCUGUAUCACCAAUGGCAAGUUCAGCACUUUAUUACAAUGGGGAAGUGAGAGAAAUUCACUAUUUUAGGUAUGACGAAUAUGCACGCAGCUGCAGAGAUAAAGACAAAGAAGCUGCCUCAUUGAAUUCAAUUACCAAGAAGCAAUGCAGUAAAUUUGGAAAAACGCUUGAUAUCAGUCGGAACAACAUCUUCUUUCUAGACCCUCAGUUCCUAAACCUCAAGGAGCUCAGAUGUCUUAAUCUCUCAGGAAAUGCUAUGAGCCAGAGUCUAAAUGGCUCUGAAUUUACCUAUCUGACUAAUUUACAGUAUCUAGAUUUUUCAUACAAUCGCUUGGAUUUGCUGUACUCUACCGCAUUCCAAGAACUGAAAAAUUUAACUAUAUUAGACAUUAGCUACAAUAAUCAUUACUUUGACUCUGAAGGUCUCACACACAUGUUAAAUUUUACAGGACAUUUAUCAAAGCUAAAAAUAUUGUUUAUGAACCACAAUAAAAUUUCUACUUCGACAAAUACAGAGAUGGUGAGUCAUUCUAUUGAGCGACUUGAAUUUAAAGGCAACCGACUGGAUAUGUUAUGGAGAGAUGGAGACACAAGAUAUGUCAAUUAUUUUAAAAAAUUAAAGAAGCUGACCAGUCUGGACAUCUCCCAAAAUAAUUUAAAUUUCAUCCCUCCACUUGUUUUUCAGGGUUUGCCAAAAUCUCUCUCUCAGUUCUACCUGAAAAACAACAAGCUGAACACAUUCAGAUGGGAGAUGCUUAAACUGCUUAAUAGACUGAAAGUCUUAGAUCUCAGUGGGAACUUGCUGGAAUAUGUUCCCAAUGAACUUUCCAACUGCACCCAAAGCAUCGAAAAACUAAUCCUACAACGGAAUAAAAUAUCAGACCUAACUCCACACUUUCUGAAGGAUGCAUUUAGUCUGAAGUAUCUGGAUCUCAGUUUCAAUCAAAUUCAAUAUAUCGAGCAGACCAGCUUCCCAGAAAAUGUUGCCAAUAACCUGCAAACUUUGCUCCUACAUGGAAACAAGUUUAUGUGCACGUGCAGUGCAAUUUGGUUUGUUAUGUGGAUUAACCGCACAACAGUGAACAUCCCAAGGCUGGCAACAGACGUGACCUGUGCAGCUCCCGGUGCUCAAGUGGGCCAAAGUGUCCUUUUCCUGGACCUGGAGACGUGUCAGCACAACUCUCUUUCCAUCACUCUCUACAUCUUACAGACCUCUCUGAUCCUUGGCAUUCUCACACUCUCCAUCUCUAGCCAACUCUUCCUCUGGGAUGUGUGGUACAUCUACCACUUCUGCAUAGCCAAGCUGAAGCGCUAUAAGGUCCUGUCUUCCCAAAGCGCAAUCUACGAUGCCUUUAUAGUAUACGAUGUGAAGGAUCCAGCUGUUUCUGAUUGGGUGCUGCAUGAGUUGCGGGUCAACCUGGAGGAACGAGGAGAUCCUGGUCUACAGCUGUGCUUGGAGGAGAGAGACUGGAUACCAGGAUACCCUCUGAUUGACAGCCUCUCUCAGAGCAUCCAGCAGAGUAAAAGGACAGUGUUUGUCCUCACUAAAAAGUUUUUACGAAGUGGAAACUUCAAAACUGCCUUCUACUUAGCACAUCAGCGCUUGAUGGAUGAAAAGGCUGAUGUCAUCAUUCUGAUUUUCCUGGAGAACCCUCCACGACAAUCCAAGUACCUGAGGUUGCGCAGGAGACUUUACAAGAGGUCUGUGCUGGAGUGGCCUAAGAACCCCCAAGCCCAGCAGUACUUUUGGUUUCGUCUCAGGAGUGCAAUGGCCACGGACAGCCGCCAGCAAUACAGCAAAUUGUUCCAGGAGACCCUUUAGAUGGAGCUGCUAAUGACAUCCCUUUAUGUGUCCAUCUAAUCAGUAUAACAGGAAAGGCUGAGUGCCUUUCCGGUUUGCAUUUAAGUCAUAGAUUGAGUCAUGAAUUCAGUUGCUGGAAGCAUGUGCGGUCAUGGAGAAGAUUAAUCAUCAUGCUUUAUUCAAAUAAAAUGGAUGCAGAGAGAAAGAACUGGACAUUGAAGGCACCACAUUGCAUUCUACUGACUGAAUGUUUAAGAACACUGAGCUAAUAGCAAUGAAAGGAAUAAGUAUUAAAUGUGAAUGGCUGGCAAUUUGAUACUGUAUGAAAAGGCAGCAGUGAAGAAUCUGUGUCUAUAUACUGUAUGGUGUGUAUUUAGUGAUGCAGUUUCAGGUUUGGUGCUCUGAGUUUGAUGCUCGAAACAGAUCUACAAGAUUGCAGCUCGAUGAUACUGAGUUUGAUUCUAGAAACAGAAAGGUCUAGAAGAUUGAAGCUCGAUGGUACUGAGUUUGAUUCAGUAUGAAGUUUCAUCAUUAGGGUUUGGUUUCAUCAUUAGGGUCUGUGCAAUGUUUGUAUUUCCUUCCGGAACCUCCCAUCGAUUCACCUGGUAAAACCCAUGGAAUUCUGUCAAGCACCUGUUAGUUUGGUACUGUACAGAUGGACAAUAAACUGCCUUGUGGCGGAUAGA